AAGAUGAGGUCUCUGAUCAUGUGGAAAUGGAAACACCAUUUCACAGGUUUAAAAACAUGAUAGUGACAGUUUCAGUGACAGACCAAGUGAAGCAAUGGAUGGCUUGAGGCCAUGGAAUCAUCUAAUGACUCGAUUUGGGAUAUUGUGCUACUUAACACUUUUAUUAUUAGCAAGAAAAAAUUCAAAGUUUAUUUUCAUCGAAAAACUCUUAUAUGGGAAAGAGAGACUCCACCUCAUUCUCGGACCAGCCUUCCAGUGAAUGAUAUAAUUGCAGUCAAAUAUCUUCAUAACUCCGAUCAAUCAUGCUGCUGCAACGUUGAUAAUGGUGUGGAGUCAACACACCAAGUGUUUACAGUACAUUUUGUAGUCCAAGAGAAACAGAACCAGUGGAAAUAUAAAAGAGUUGACCUCGAGAGCUCAGACCAUCGACAAGUUACUACAUGGGUCACUACUCUUGACAGCAUGCUCACAGAACUGAAGCACAGGCCAAAGCACUUGCUUAUGUUUGUUAACCCAUUUGGUGGAAGAAAAAGAGGGCUCAGGAUUUAUAAAGAGGUUGUAAAGCCUCUGAUGGAUAUCGCAGGAGUGAAGGUGGAUUUGACAAUAACACAACGGUCGAACCAUGCACGAGACAUUCUCUUGGAAGACAACCUGACAGAGUACGAUGGUGUGGUUUGUGUCGGUGGUGACGGCACGUUCUCUGAGAUCAUGAAUGGACUGAUCACACGCACUGCACGGGAUAAUGGUGUGGACCCUAAUAAUGUGGCUUGUGAUCUCCCCAAGCCCAACCUGCGGGUGGGAAUUAUUCCUGGUGGAAGCACUGAUACUGUGGCUUACUGCAUUCAUGGCACCACAGACAUACAGACCGCUGUCAUCCACAUCAUAAUCGGUGAAAGUGCUGGUUUGGAUGUAAGUAGUGUACACAACCAAACCACCUUGCUGUGCUACUAUGCCAGUGUCAUCUCCUAUGGGUACCUAGGUGACAUUAUACGGGAUAGUGACAACUUCCGAUGGAUGGGUCCUAAACGUUAUGAUUUCUCAGGUAUGAAGAAGUUUCUGGCUAAUCAAGGUUAUGAAGUAGAAAUCAAGUUAGCCGUAAACUCAAGCAAAACUGAAGAAGAUUCUAAAUGUUUAAAAGACUGCAAGCGCUGUGCAUCACAGAAAGAUUUAACUUCAGAUGAAUCCUCAGUUCAAGAAUGGAAGGUUAUCCAAGGCAAGUUUCUGAUGGUGAACGGUGCCAACCUUAGUUGUGCCUGCCCCCGCAGUCCUAACGGCAUCUCCCCCUAUACUCACAUGGGAGAUGGCUGCUUGGAUGUGGUGCUUGUUAAGCAUACUUCCAUUUUAAAUAAUCUCAGACUACUUCUUACGCUUUCCAGUAGAUUGAAAUCUAUUUAUGACCUGCCUUUUGUGGACGUACAUCGAACUACUCAGUUUUCAGUGAAAGCAGUGUCCAGGGAGGCCACGGAUGUCUCUGUCUGGAACUGUGAUGGAGAAGUGCUUGUUGAUACUUCCAUUUUUAUAAGAGCACAUUGUCAACUUCUGCAGAUAUUUUUCCGAGGUGUUGAACCAUGCUUGGAAGAAGAGAAUCCUCGGUGUUUUUGUUUUUUAUAGUUAAUAAUGACGAAGCGCAUACAUAAAUAAUUUUCUUUGUUAAAAUGUCACCAGGUUAUUGGUUUUUAUAAUUGUUAUUGAUUUUUACAUAAAUUCUGAAUUGUAAGACUUGAAAUACAGAUAUGCGUAUAUAUUUUUAUAUAAUGAUACUGUCGGUAGGGUUAAAUAUUACAGUGUGAUUUAAUUUCUGGCUGUGUAUUUAAUAUUUGUUAUUACGAAUUAGGCCUAUAAAAAUUCCAAUGGUUUAGGCUCCUUUGUUAUUUAUUGUUAAUUAAAUGUAUAGAUUUUAUGUUCCAUGUUUAAGAUUAGUUUUAAAUUAUCUAUUUUAUAUAUUAAUUUAAGUGUUGCCAAUGUAUUAUUACUGACUAGUACAAUAUUAUGUACAAUUGCCAUGUUGGUUGAUUUGGGCUGGUAUUUUCAAAUCAAAUCUUCAUAUUAAAAAUAACUUAUUAUGUCAUAGUUUUAUGACAUGUCGUUCAAGACUACAUUUAAAGAAUUUGAUCUGUAAAGUAAAAUGUUGACUUUGGUACCUGCAUUUGCUACAUAACUAAAAUGUGUCUGAAAAGUAUAGGUUAGUUAUCCCUUAUUACUUGGAGUUUUAAUAUCAGUAUUUGAGAUUUUAGUCCUUAUCAAUACUAAAUAAUUCAAUACUUCACUAUUAUCAGAACUAAAAAGAAACACAUUUUCAAAUAUAUUUUUUUAUUGAAAUUUGGUUUAUAUUCAUGUUCUGAAAAAUAAGUUUUCUUAUCAUACUUUUUAUAAGGUUUCAUGAAUGCUUUAUUAUAGUUACAAGUGUGAAUCAUAAAUAAAAAUAAUUGGCAUGUAUUCCUUAUCAUUGAUUAUAAUUAUUUCCAGUGACUUUCAAGUUAUUAUUUUAUCUUAUUAUUAAGGAAUGAAUGUGUUUCCAUCGAGACCACAACAAUACGGAGUAACAAUAUGGGUUGGAUUUUUUAGUUGUGUGCCACUUACAUUAUACUGUGGGGUUCUGUACUAAAAUUUGCUAAAAAUUGAUUUGUAGAAGAUAAGUCUUCAUUUUAAAAGCUGGUGCUUCCACAUGUUUUUGCUAUUUCAAGCUUGUCAGAUGUAAUAAUAUUAUGAGUUGCAAUGAUGCAAACAUGUUUUACCAAUGCAGAUAAUACAGUACAAAAAAUCAUCUCUAGUUGAUAUUUUACUAAAAUAUAAUUUCACAGCUAGAUGGUUUGUUUUCUGAUCUUCUGUAACCCAAGUCAUUUCUAAUUAUUGAUUGGGCACCCACAGGAUACUUCUGGAUAAGUUCUGCACCAUUUUUAUCCAAUGAAAGACAUGAACUGUUGUUAGGGUUAAAUGUUACAUUGUGAUUUAAUAUCUAGUUCAUGGCUUCAUAUCUUUCAUUAGAUGGUACUGGUGCAGAAAUUGGAGUAUCAUAUGGGUACCCAAUCAUUAAUUAAGAUUACAAGACCAGAUUAGAAAACAAACCAUCUUGCUUCAAUCAGUUUUGCAGAUCAUUAUUUGCCCAGAAUUGGCAAGCAAGCUAUUUUCCACAAAUUCUCUGUGCCACUUGGAAAUUUGUUGUGCUGGUUGCAAAUUAAAGUGUUGGGCAGUAAAUCUUCAUAAAAUUGUGGUUUUGUUAUGUGUUCUCGUUACAAAGAAUUAUAUAUAUUAUAUAUUUCUCAACAUUCUCAACCAACACAUAUGAAAAUACUCUUGGCUAAAAAGUUUCCUUUUUACUUAUUUUUAAGAUUAAUGGAUCUUUGCGGAUCUUAAAACUCUUUUCUGGGGUGUUGGGAAUACUCUUAUCUGAAUCUUAUUAAAUUGUAUAAAUCUUCAAUGUCAUGUAUAGAUUUAAAAUAAAUAUGUCUUGAAAAGUAAA